GGGGGAGUUUGAUUUGGGACGGGUCUGUGUGCCGGACGCCUGGACGGACACUCACUGCAACUGAAUGAUAGUUAAAUCUCCUCUUUUAAAUCGGGAUUUUGUGGUUAAUAAUUCACCGAACUGUGUAACUCCAGCAUUUCAGGUCCGGACUCCCCAGAGAGAAAAGUUCAGGCUGCUUCUCUGUUUUGAACCAUGGAAGCCCAGAGGAAGCGGACAGCUUAUUGUCACUAGACCCCGUGGAGGAAAAGAAUGGACCGAGUGAAAACUGACCCGACCGAGGAGGACUGAUCCCCGCCAUGUCGCCCUCCUCUCCCUGCCAGGAGGGCUACAAGCCGGCGCCGGUGGCCCCCGCGCCGCCCGUUCCGCCGCGCAGGGUCCGGAGCAGGGACGGGGGUUCCGCAGGGAGGACGCGGCGGGCGGCAGCUCCGGAGAGGCGGGUGAAGUGUGUGCUGGUGGGGGACGGAGCGGUGGGGAAAACCAGCCUGGUGGUCAGCUACACCACCAACGGCUACCCCACCGAGUACGUCCCGACGGCGUUUGACAACUUCUCAGCGGUGGUGUCAGUGGACGGUCAGCCGGUGAAGCUGCAGCUGUGUGACACAGCAGGACAGGAUGAGUUUGACAGGCUGCGUCCGCUGUGCUACACCAGUGCAGACGUCUUCAUGCUGUGCUUCAGCGUCGUCAGUCCCGCCUCCUUCCAGAACGUUCCAGAGAAAUGGGUCCCAGAGAUCCGUAAACACGCCCCCUUCGCUCCCCUCGUCCUGGUGGGGACACAGUGCGACCUCAGAGAAGACGUCAAGGUACACAGGUUUACUCAAACGAUAAGAAAAAUACUGCCUCUGAUGGUGUUAUAGUUAAUAUAUAAACACAACUGGAUGAGAACUGGAAGCCUCUCUAGAGUUGCAAAAGCCUGGAAAAUAUAUUUUUGGGUAACCUGGUAAAAAAAAAACAACCCCUUGUCCAAUGCUUCACUACAAAAAUAGUUGUUUGUUGGAGGUGUGAACUGCAAUGACGUAUGGUCAUUGUAAAUA